GAGGGGCAAAAUGGCUGACAUAGUAAUGUCAUGUUGUAUGUCUGACCAGGAAAGGGAGCAGAAAAGUCGAAGUAGGAGCAUAGACAAAACUCUAGCCAAGGAGAAAGUUCAGUUUAGAAGGACAAUUAAGAUUCUGUUACUCGGAGCCGGAGAAAGUGGUAAAAGUACAUUUUUGAAACAAAUGAGGAUUAUCCAUGGACAAGACUUCGACGAUGAAGCCCUCCGAGAGUUUAGGAUUGUCAUUUAUGCAAACAUUGUCAAAGGUAUGCGUGUACUUAUAGAUGCUAGAGACAAGUUAGGGAUACCGUGGGGAAAUGAAGCUAAUGCAAAGCAUGCAAGCUAUGUCUUCAGUUAUGACACAAACAACAAAUUAGACGAGACGACGUUCUGGGACUAUGUUGAACCAAUGAAAAAUCUAUGGGGAGAUUCUGGUAUUCUAGCUGCCUUCGACAGAAGAAGAGAAUUUCAGCUGAUGACGAAGAGGAUUAUGGGUGAGUCACUAAAGUACUUCCUGGACAGUCUUCACAGGAUCGCAGUGAGAACCUACAUUCCAAACAAACGGGACAUACUUCAUGCCAGGAAGGCUACAAAGGGCAUCAUAGAACACACCAUUGAGAUUAGUGGUGUGCCCUUCUUGUUCGUGGAUGUGGGAGGGCAGAGGUCACAGAGACAGAAGUGGUACCAGUGUUUCGAGGGUAUAACGUCCAUUCUAUUUCUGGCGUCGUCCAGUGAGUACGAUCAGGUGUUGCUCGAGGACAGGAAAACAAACCGGCUUCAGGAAUCCUGCAUUAUAUUUGAGACAAUUAUUAACAACCGGAACUUCAAAAACGUGGCAAUUAUCUUGUUUCUGAAUAAAUAUGACCUGCUGCAAGAGAAAGUGACACUAGUGAGUAUCAAAGACUACUUUCCCGAGUUUGAAGGAAACCCACACAACCUGGAGGAUGUGCAGAAUUUUAUGUUGACAAUGUUUGACUCGCGGCGCCGGGAGCGGAUGAAACCUCUUUUCCACCACUUUACCACAGCAAUAGACACGGAAAACAUCAAGUUUGUGUUUCAGGCAGUGAAGGACACUAUUCUUCAGGAUAAUCUCAAAUCAUUAAUGCUACAGUGAGGCUCUUUCAACCUGACCCAGGGGCUAGGUAAUUAGGUACACUGAUGAUGUUUGUAGCUCCAGCCCUCCCCUGACCCUGGGGUUAGGUAGUGAAAGGUACCCCGGAAUAGUUCCUACCCCUUGGGGCGUGCUGGACUUUGUGAACUCUCCUCCCUCAGCCAGAGCCUGAGGUAUAGUGUGGCUACCUCCUAUGCCUUGUGUCAGGUACAGCGAGGCCCCCUCCCACCUCCAGACCCUGGGGCCUGAUGUACGCAACGAAGUGGUGACCAUAAACACUGCUGACCUGAGCCUUAUUGAGGCUUACAUAUAUGUUUGUUCCCACCUCGACUCAGUGCCAAUAUAUACUGAUCAUGAAUAGCCCCAUUUCUGCUAUUACACGCCUGAGGUGCUGUACUCCUUAAGCUCUACCCACUCCGAUAUACUGAGCCGAGGUUGAUGCAGUUGGUAGAGAAGCAGGCAUUCUGGGACUGUUAUGCGUGGGUGGUGUCAUGACCAACAAUUAUCACGAACAAUUUAUACACGUGUAGGCUAAGCUUGACCAGGACAACUUUCAGUGAUUUGUCAUAUCUUGGAUAACCUAGCUACGUACAUGUACAAUACCUGACGGGGUGGGAUUUAUUGCUUAUUUCUGUGAAAACAGCAUAAAUACAAACACAGUUUCUGCUACAGCCUCCUACGUUUUUUGUGUGCUGAUAAUAAUUCUGUCCUUCAGAUUUCCAAACUGGCCGUAUGUGUGACAAUAGAAGCUGUUUAAUCUGCUCAAAGACUGAAGACCAGCUGUGGAACAAGACUAAAAUAUAGUUAAAUACCAGUGUUAGUGUAUUUCAUUUUCCGAUUUUUCGCAUUUAUGGUGAAGGAUUGUAACAAUAUAAUCACUAUACUAGUAUUGAUACAUUUCAUACACAGUAUAUAAAUACAUAUAUAUGCAUACCAGGACUAGAUAUUGUAUUCACAUUCGUAACAUACAUAAUACUGAGAGAGCUCGAGUUAACCCUUUCACCACUGUAGGCCAUAAUGGACUCAUCCAGAUCGAUGCUUCAUGUCAUGGUAGAGUCUAAUAAAGUUGCAUAGGGGUGAAAGGGUUAAAAAAAAAAUCUCAGUAUGGGUGAAGACUUUUUUAAUUUUCACAAUUUUUUGUAGAUAUACACAUAAUUGUCAGGCCAAAGAGCCAAUUGAAAGUGAAGCUUAUGCCACGGUGUGGUGUUCAUCCUACUCAGCUUUUUCUCUUAUGGAAUUGACAAAGUGUUGGUAUAUUUUUUUUGACACAAAAUUCACAAUCAAAGAUGGCCAUCCUUGCCUUCAAUUUAAUUACACAAGAUAUUUUUAACUUCGGAGAUUCUACCAGGUCAGUUUUAACCAAGUUUGACACAGAUAUUUGUUUUAACGUGUUGAGACCAGGUGUUGUUACUUUUGCAAAUUUUAUUCCCAAUAAGUCAAGAAGUCCAAAAUGGCCACCAUGGUCUGGAAAUUUCGGAACCAUUUUCAACUUUUCUAGUUAAGAUCAACAAAUAUAGAUAGGUGAAUGUUACAGGCCCAAUGAGCCUCUUAUUUCAGGGUUGGGUGUAGGGUUUUGGGAGGGGAGGGGAUAACAGAAAGCCAAGUUGUCCUAAUUACGAAGUAAUUAAGACCAUAAAUUUGAUUUUAAUCCAAAGAUUUAAUUGUCAAAUGCUGAUUGGCUAAAGCCAUGUAUGAUGUGCUGUUAUUUAGUGAUUGGCUGAUGCCCAGUGAUGAGGUACUUGAUGAUUGGUUGAGGCCACCGAGGAUGGUGAGGAAUUAAUAUAUGAGCAGCACGAUGCUGAACUGACCUCCUGACAACAUUGCUCAGUGUGUAAUCCCGUCGACCCACAAUGGUUGUGAUAAGGGGUAGUACAUCGAGUACGCCCCAAACUGUCACAGCCCGUAGUUACAAAUGUAGCGUGUUUGACUGUAUAAACAUAUUCUAUACGUAUACCCGUGUGGAUGCAUGGUUAGUGACUUAUUUGUAUAUAUAUUAUAUAUAUAUAUAUAUAUAUAUCCGAGUAUGAGUAUUAAUUGCAACAGAGUAUUUCAUUUUAUUUUAUUUUGUCAUCUGUUUCAAACAGACAUAUAUAUACGAUUGCUGUAUUGUAAGGUGGGCCUGUAUGCAAAAUACAUUUUGUGUGGUUAAAUUAUAGCUCUAUAAAACAAGUUUUUAAGAAUGUGCACAUGAAAAAUUAUAGAUUGAAUGAGUGAGAUUUAUUUGCGUUUAGCUUCUACAUGAGUUAUAUAUUAUGGUAGACUUAUGCAUGUGUUAAUUAUAUCUAUAAAGAUGAUAUAAUGUAUAUAAGAAUUUGCGAACAUGUACUUGGAGAAGACUAGAUAUAUACAUAUAUAUACCGACAUAAAUAUUACGUAUAAGUUUUUGUAACAGUAAGCAAGAAAUGUACAUGUGCACAACAUUUACUAUAAUACUUGGUCAGUAAAUAAAAUUAUAAAUAUCAGGAUAAUAUUUGGUACAUACAACGCAGGGACACGGACAUGCAGAAUGAGAUAAUUUAGGUAUAAGUUGUCUUAUUCCUAUUUAUUCUUUUUUUUUAUAUCUGAUUUUCUGAAAAUGACACAAUGCGAUAAAAAUUACUUAAUACUGUUUUGUUGAAUUUAAUUUUGUUACCAAAAUAUGAAAUGACACUGCUCCAUGAUUUUUUUUUAUCCGGUAAUUAUAAGAAUCUUGCAAGUUCAUGCUCUUACAGCAGUUACUGUAUUAUAGUGUACUGGUUUUGUAGUCACCAGAUUUUAUGCCAAAUAACGUUUCAUAUUCCUAACAGUCAACUUGGUUAUUCCUAAAGGUUUCCCAAUUCCCUUGCAUGAGUUAGUUAAUUCAUUCACCCCUGAAAUUACUUAAUGAACUAUUCCAACCUUUGAGUUGGAAGAGUUCAAAUGUGUCUUCAUCAGGGGUGAAUGAUCUGUUAAUGAAGUUGAACUGCGUUCGAAAACGUAGAAUUCCUAUAUAUAUAUAUAAAUUAAUAUAACUAAAGAUAUCAAAAAUAAAUAAAUUCAGAAAAAGAUUUCUUUUUGUUGCUAGUUAGACCAUAAAUAUGGCUGUCACAUUAAAUUGUUCAUGCAGUAUUCCAAUAUUUUUACUAUGAAAUCCACAACCAACUGACACCGUGAACCUUUUAACCCUUUCACCCCUAAGUAACUUUAGUAGACUCUACCAUGCAUUUAUCUGGAUGAGUCCAUUAUGGUCUACAGUGGUGAAAGGGUUAAACACAAUCUAAAGGCAGAAGUUUAUAAUGUGUCACAUUCUGACUAUUUGAAUAAGAAUCAUAUUUGCAAACUGAUAUAUGGUAAUUCUGAUAUAUACUAUUACAAUUCAAGCCAGUACGUCCAUUGAGCUAGACAUCUCUUGUUCCUGUUAUCUUUCUAUGUACUGUACAUGUAUCAAUACGGCUUAGAAGAUGCUCAGUGCAAUUUACUCUGAAAAACAAGUACACUUCUCCAGAAUUACUUCCAAAAAAUAUGCUGGUAGCCAUUUUUAUAGUAGGAUAGACUUUAAGAAUCUGGAAAAUGUUUUGCUUUUGAUUAAUGGGCACAUCAAACACGAUAGACAGAGGGAUGAUAGAAAAAUGACAAAUGAAUUUAUUACAUACUGUUGAAAAUUCAACUUUGAAACCUUACCAAUAUUUUAUUUUGACAAGAGUGGUACAAGAUCAAUGAUACCGAAAUAACCUGUAUUCUGCUUUAUACAAACAUUAAAACAAAGACCAAACAUGUAGAUUUUUUUAUUUUUAGGUUGUUAUGGGAAAUAAUGAGGAUUUCAGAGCUUUUUAACCUAUUCACCCCUGAAAUUUCAUAAUGGACUAUUCCAACCUUUGAAUUGGAAGAGUUCAAAUGUAUCUUCAGGGGUUUAUGAGUUAACUAGUGAGGAAUUCAAAAUUUUAUUGUUCUCUAUAUAUAACAACAAUGUACGAGUAUAAUUUUUCGCUUGAUACAUUGUUUAAUUGUACAUUUUCUAGAAUCAUAAUGAAUAAAACUAGCACCUCAUGGGUACAGUACUGAGGUGAUCAGCUGAUUUGUAGCAGCUGCCAGCUGAUACAGAACAGAUGUGAUCGUGUAUUUGUCAACAUGUUUAGCUCACCUAUUGGAAGAAUAAGGAAAACCUAUAUGUGAAGUCAUCCUCAGUCUGGCCAUAAUAAAUAUAAGUACUAGGUUAAAAGUUUUAGCGGAAAUGUUGACAGUCAUAAACAAAACCUUCAGUAUUUGUACUAAGAUGCUGAUACAUGUGUUUGUUAUAUAUAAAUGGAGAGUCCGGAGGGGUCCAGUAUUGAUGUAGUCAGUCAAAUUUCUAGACUUUUUUUACCUGUUUUGGACCAAAUAAUGUGUACUGUGAAAUUUUCACCGCAGUUUAAUUUUCGCCUUUUUCACCCUCCAUGGACACAGCGAGGGCGAAAUUAUCAUAACAGCGAACAUUAUUGAAAAACAUAAUAUACAUAGUAAUUAAAUUUGAAGGGUGAAAGUCAUGCUGGGCAAAUAUGUAUUUUACUGGUCAAGGGCGAAAGUUUCGACUGGGCGAAAAAAUUACCGAUUUUCAGUAUUUUCCCCAAUAGGUGAGCUUUGCUGUAGUCUCCAGUAGCUCUUUCAUUGCCUUGGUAGAACUUAUACUUUAUCUGUGUAUUUAGAUCUACAUUCGUGGGAAAUAUUGCACAACUAAAAUUUACGCACAAUAUAUAUCUUACAGUGACCAUGAUUAUGCCCUAGCUAGCUAGUAACAAAGGGAUACCAUUGGUUUCCUUCAGGUUGACCUCCUGCUUAUUUUAUGGUGACUUGAAAAGUGACCUUCCGAUAAACUUGAAGGUUGACCUCUGACCUCUUUGAUAUAUAUAACUAUCAGGGUACAUUUUGUUUCAAGCUUGGUGAGUGAUCAGCAUUUUAUCUGUUAAACCACGGAAUUAGAUUAGUUAUCUUAGUCUGUGGUUAAACUUUGCUUCAUUCUCUCUUGUAGAAAUAUUAUAUAUAUAUAUAUAUUCUUUGAUAAUUAGCUUCAUAUAUAUCUAUAUUUCCAGAUUUUUUGUAGUUUUUUAGUUUCUUCGGAAAAGGGUAUAUGUAACUACAAAGGUACUUUUGAUUCAGAUCUACUAUUUAGAAAUACAUUUAUACAUUUAUAUAAGGUUAAGUGGACAUAAAAAUAUGUUUACACCCUGGAAUUGCACAAAUAUGCUAUGUAAACUUCUACACACACUUUUAUGUACUGUUAUCAAGGACAAUAAUUUAGUUUAAAUACCAAUUUGGAUUAAAUUUUCAUGUGAAUGUAACAUUUUUGAUAGAUAACCAUUCUUGGAAAAUUGCACAACAUUGAUUUUAAAGGCUUUUGAUAUUUUUUUCUUUUUUUUUUUCUUUUGGAAAAUAUAUAUCUUUAUUGACAAAAUAAACUGCUGAUAAAAAGUUUCAGUUUCGGUGUUCAUGGACUUUUUUUACUCUGAAACUAUUCUUCGCCUCUGUUUGAAAAAAAUUAGUGAGUGUAUUCUACCUGUUUUUGUGAUUUAUUUACCUGAAAGGAACUUAAACAUUGUCUAGCUGUUUUGAGUGUGAAAUGUAGACUGUUCUAAAGGAGUAUUUUACAUUUAGAUAUAUUCAAGUUUUGUGAUACCACUUUGGAGGAGGUGUUUUUUUUCCGGAGCCUUUUUUACUUGCCACACACAAAAGCUAACCCUCCAUAUAAUGAUGAACCACAUUCAUGGUCUUCUUUUUUUUUCAAUUGAAUUUUGUGAGGUGUAUGUUUGAUUUUGCGUCCCCAUUUUAUGCUCGCUUUAACGUCCAGAAACAUUUGGAAAAAUCAUUCAUCGUUUAAUUAAGUCAUCAUUUUUUAAUGCUUUAUAUAAAAAAUCAAUUUGUGUAAUAUAAUGCUAUUCAUUAAUCCAUAACAUUUUUUGAGUGCAAUUUACUAAGCAAAAGGGAACCUUGUGGUAGUUUUAUUAUACAAGUUUAAUAAUAAGAUAGGUUCCGGAAUAUGUGCAAUUUUUUUUUCAUAAAUUUUACAUAAAUGGAAAUCAUUUUGUGAUCUUGUUUCAGAUUAUGCCAGGAAAUCGUAAUGUUCAAUGUAUAAUUUGGUUUCAAAUCUUUUUGGAUAAACAGACAAUGUGAGAUUAUCGUUGUUACUAAGGUUACAGUGUCUGUUAUGUCCUUGCUUCAGAGACACAAAUUAUCAUUGAAGUGUGCUGUAAUUUAAACCAAUGAUUGUCUUACAUUGCUUCAGUAGAUUUAUAUAUAAACUAUAUACCUGACCAAAUAUGGUCCCAUAUUCAGUAGGCUGAAUCUCGCAUCACUUCUGCAGGAUUUUUCAAAAUUCGGGGACAGUGUCGUACGGGGCGUUCCAUCUGGGUUUUUUUUAUGCUUCUCUCCGUAUUAAGGAUCCCCAUACCACUGCCAAAAACUUAAAGUUCUAUGUUU